AUGAGGCGCCGUAUUCCGUACGGCAGGGGUUGGCGUCGGCGUGCUAAAUGGUCUGCGUUUGGAUGCUUUCUUUCUUUCUUUUUUCUUUCUUUCUUACGAUCUGCUCUCGGGAUUACUUCCCUCCCUUACUUCCCCUUCUUUCUUUUUUUCUUUCUUUUUCUAAUGCUUUCUUUCUUUCUUUCUUUCUUUCUUUCUUUCUUUCUUACGAUCUGGUCUGCGGAUGAAUUCCCUCCCUUACUUCCCUUUGUUUCUUUUUCCUUUCUUUUUCUAAGUGCUUUCUUUCUUCCUUUCUUUCUUUCUUUCUUUCUUUCAUACGAUCUACUCUCGGGUUUACUACUCUCCCAUACUACCCUUUGUUUCAUUUUCUUUCUUUCUUUCUUUAUUUCUUUCUUUCUUUCUUUCUUUCUUUCUUUCUUUCCGUUCCCCUUUUUAUCAUUCUUUCACACGAUCCCCUCUCGUGAUUAUUCCCCAUCCUUUUUUCCCUCUCUUUCUUCCCUCUAUUUGUUUUUGCUUUCUUUCUUUUUCCACUUUCUUUCUUUCUCACGACCCCCCUCUCGAGUUUACUUCCCUCCCCUAAUUCCCUCCCUUCUCUUUGUUUCUUAUUUAUUUUCCACGUUCUUUCUUUCUUUCUUUCUUUCUUUCUUUCUUUCUUUCUUUUAUCUGACAACUGUCCGGCUUUUGCAAUAUAAAGCCACAUAUGUAAACGCCAUUUCUUUCCGACGUUCAAUUUGUCACCCCGAGUUGCAUCGCAACGUCGUCUUCUCGGGUUCUUGUUGCUACAAAACUGAAGCCAACCGAAUGUUACCGAUUCUUCGCUAUUUGGCCGCCAUCAUCGCCCCGAGGGCGUUCGUAAAGUAA